AUGGUGGGUUUAAUUUCGGAACCUGCUCCGGCGAAGAAGUGGCACGACGCUGUGGAGCCGGCUGAGCAUGGGUCCAUGGGAGAGGAUUGUCGCGAGCCAUCUGAUUCGUAUACAACUGAAAUUGGAGACUGGCCCCUUCCCAUAAGUCUCGACUCGAUUUGCUACGCUGUGCCGUGUGUGGCGACCAAAUAUGUCUGGUGGCGCAGAACCACUUGGUGCAUUAACAUUGCUGACGUGGACAUUUCUCAAUUGUGA